AGCGCGGCCGCCAUUUCGGGGCGUGCCGAGCCGAGCCGGGCGCGCGGCGCCCUCUGGCGGCCCCGCGGCCAUCCCAGAGCCGCCCGUGGGCGGCCAUGAAGUCCGUGCUCGUCACCGUGGGCACCACCAGCUUCGACGAGCUGAUCGCGGCCGCCCGCUCCCCGCCGGCGCUGCAGGCGCUGCAGAGCCGCGGGUUCCAGAAGGUCGUGCUGCAGGUGGGGAGGGGAGCGUGGCAGCCGCCGGUGCCCGGAGGCAGCGCGGCCCUGGAGGUGGAGGCGUUCCGCUUCAAGGACUCGCUGGCAGAGGACCUGCGGAGCGCCGACCUGGUCAUCAGCCACGCAGGUGCAGGUAGCUGUCUGGAGACUCUAGAGAAAGGAAAACCACUAAUAGUAGUAAUAAACGACAAGCUGAUGAACAACCAUCAGCUUGAACUGGCCAAACAGCUCCAGAGAGAUGGGCAUGUCCUCUGCUGUAACUGCAGCACUCUUGUGGAGACGCUGCAGAUGAUGGACUUGUCAACUCUGAAACCUUUUCCUCCCGGACAGCCAGAAAAGUUUGCUUCGUUCUUGGAUAAAGUCGUUGGGUUUCAAUCGGCGGCCGCGCGCGGAGCGCCUCGCGCCGAGCUCGCGUCCGCCUCAGCCGGGAAGAUGCAGAAGGGCUGGAAGAAGUACUUCGGGCAGAAGUCCUUCAGCGAGGUGGCCAUGGACGAGUACCUGGGCAGCCUGGGACUCUACCGCAAGAUGACGGCCAAGGACGCCUCCUGCCUCUUCAGAGCCGUCUCGGAGCAACUGUUUUCGUCUCAGAUUCAUCACCUGGAAGUCAGGAAGGCUUGUGUCUCCUUCAUGAGGCGGCACCAGCCCCGGUUUGAAUCCUAUGUGGAAGGCUCGUUUGAGAAAUACCUAGAGCGACUAAGAGAUCCAAAGGAAAGUGCUGGCCAGCUGGAAAUAAGUGCUUUAUCAGUGAUGUACAAGCGAGACUUCAUUCUGUACCGGUACCCUGGAAAGCCACCCACAUACGCUACAGACAAUGACUUUGAAGACAAGAUUUUACUGUGUUGUUCCAGCAAUGGCCAUUAUGACUCUGUGUAUACAAAACAGUUUCAGGAAAAUGCUGCUGUUUGCCAGGCUCUGUUAUAUGAGAUCCUGUACAAAGAUGUGUUUGGUAUGGAUGAGGAAGAAUUAAGGUCUGCAGUUGAGGUGUUUCGAAGUGGAUCCAAGAAGAACAGAAACAGUGGUCGUGUAGGAAGUGAGGAUGCAAACUUCGGUUGUCUCCAUGAGAAAGUGUCCAGAAACCCAGCAGAAAAGAGGGUGGAUGACUGGGAAGGCAAUGAUGCUGACAAUCGAGAGGAAGCUAAGUUCAAACAAGGCAUUGAAGAAGAAAAGCCUUCAGAAAUUCCUCCAAAGAUGCCUGUUCCUUACAAAGUGCUAAAGGCCCUGGACUCUGCCAUCUAUCGCAAUGUGGAGUUUGAUGUUUGGCUGGACAGCAGAAAAGAGCUUCAAAAAGCUGACUACAUGGUGUUUGCUGGGAGACAGUACUUUUUAGGAGACAAGUGUCAGGUACGUCUGGAGCCGGGAGAGAGGUAUUACAAUGCUCAUAUCCAGGAAGUUGGACAGGAUGGCAACACAUUGACUGUCUUUGUUGAGGAGCUGGCAGAAAAACACACAGUUCCUCUGGCAAACUUAAAGCCAGUGACUCAAGUGGCUCCUGUCCUUGCUUGGAAUGGGACUCACAACCGAAGAGGAGGAGCCUAUCAGAAAAUAACAGGUGGCCACUUCUCAGGAAUAGACAUGGGGAUGAAAACACGGAAGAGGAUGCUUAAGAAAGUCCGUGGCAAGGAAGUCUUCAUGACCGUGGCUUACAGCAGGAGUCAGCCCCUGCUCCCCCCCCGGCUCCAGCACAGCGUUCCUUCGGGGCGCUCUCCUCCAGCCCACUGCUCACAGGAUGCUGCAGAUGUGGCACCUUACAAACCCUAUCACCAGCAGAGUCCUCAGAGGCACCACCGUGGCUUUGGGAUGCUGAGGGGAUCUGCCCAGUUUCUGAACAGGCACAAUGUAGUUGGCCCUCAGAUAGCAUUCUACCCCAGUCCAGGAAAGAGAUGUUACCAGAGCUAUGACAACUUCUCCUGCAGGUCCUGCUCCUACAGCCGGAGCCGCCGUCAGGUGCAGAGUGAGAACAAGGAGUGUCAGGAUGAGUUUGUAGCAGGGACUGCAGAGGAGCCUCAAGGGCCAGAAGAAACCAUAACUUUCUAUGAAGUUGAAGGAGACAAUGACGCUGCUUUUCCUACCUUGCCAUUUGCUUUUCAGAGCCAGAGUAGUCCUGCUCCCACUGUCCACAGUCCAGCAGGAUUUUGGGUAGCAAGGAGAAACCAGAACUCUGUUUCACCCAACAAGCAGCCCCUGAAUUCCUCAGAGGAGGAGGAAGAAAUAAGUGAAAAUGCUUCCUGUUCUAUCUCCCUUGUAGGAAAAUUUCAUGAAGAAUAUAUCUAUGCACCUCCAGAUCCUGACUGUGAAACUGCACCAGUGUUUAGCUCAGCAGAACCUGCAGCAAACUUGGAAGAAGGACCUGUCUCGGUGUCACCUCAGGAUGAAGGGGCUUCCUACAGCUACCCCCAGAAGGUGUUGGUGAGCUCUGCAGGAGUUUCAACCUCCACAGAUGUUUUUACUGCUACAGCUACAGGCCUGUCUUCAAAUUCUGCUGCCUCCACUCCAGCCAGUGUCACCACAGCAGCUCCCCCACAAACAGCAGUUCAGCCUGUCAUAGUAUCUCCCUUUUCUGUGGGGAGGCCAGAUACAAAGGUCUUGCGGUAUUAUUUUAAUCUGGGAUUGCAAUAUUGCCAUCAGAGCUAUUGGCCUUCCGUGGUGUAUGUACAGCCAGUGCUGCCUCCAUCUUCAGUGGAAGUUUACCCAGCAUAUGCUGAGCCAGCUCCAGUUUUGGAUCAGUCAGUACCUCAGGUCUUCCCUGAUCCACGGCAAACUGAGGUCCAGGUUCCCUUGGAAGCACCAGCAACAAAUGGUAACUUCCAAAAUGCAGAGCCUCCACCCCUGUCCUACGGGCCAGUGUAUUACCCAGUCGUGUCGGACCCCUUCAGCCAGCAGGCCCUGCCUGGCUUUGACACUGUGGUACCUGCCUAUCACUAUGUCAGUGCCUGGCACCCAGUGAACCCUGCACCUGGAAACCCACCCCAGAUGGCCAACGCUGUGAGCUCAGGACCACCCCACCAGAUCAGCUAUAUCGCCUCACCUCACCCUGUCCCUCACGACGUGCCUCAAGGAAUGUAAAUCAGGGAGCUGGAAACUCACUCUUGCUUUCUCCUUUCUUGUUUGUCAGCUCUUGUUAAUAUGGUUUUGUAAAUGUUGUCCUGUCUUAGGGGGCUGAGGCAGUUGAUGGAGCUGCAUUUCACAUUUCAUGUUUCUCUUUAGGUUUGUGCUGUUAGGUGACAAGGUGUUGUUUUAGUUGAUUAGGGGAGCAUAGGAAGAAAGUACACACAAACUGUAAUGCAGGGAACACAACCUGAAUGUGGCUACAUAAAAUAUGUGAAAAAAACCACGCUGUCACUUAAGGCAUGUAUCUCUGAGAGGUUGCACUGAACACCUGGUUCUUGUUGAAGCACUAAAAUAGACUGCCACUACAACUACAGACAAAAAUUGGGCAUAGAGUCACUAGAGGGUGAAAAUGUUUAAAUUGGCUUUCUCAGGUUUUGCAGAACAAAGCUGCUUUGCCACUAGUGGUCACGUACUUACAAUAGCUGUAUUUCUUCUGUCUGCCUUCACACUGCAUAGAGUUCAGGACUGCAAAUGCAAGAAUAAUGUUUUGAUCUGUAUAUUGUAUAUUUGUAAGAUUUGUUUUGUGAAAGCUGUUGCACACAUGGUGAUAAUCUUUGGUGUUAAUUUGCACUGACAGCACAAAAUAAAAGCAUUGAACACGUGAAAA